AUGGAUCCAAGCAGCUUUGACAACAUUAAACGAGCCGUUCAGUCAAAAUCCUUCAAGGACGAGAAAUUGAAUGCGAUUCGGUCAACUCUUCCCUGCUCAUAUGGUUAUUUGUCUGGUGAACAAGUCGCUCAGCUGGUCCAGGAGUUCCCGUUCGAUGACGAUAGGUUAACAGUGGUUGAGAUUUGUGCUCCGCGAAUGUACAGUUUAUCUUGUCAGCAGGCAGCGACCAUAAUGGGCGUUUUCUCCUUUGACAAAUCCAAGACUAAGGCGUUGGAAUUGAUUGCUGGCCUCAUCAAUGACAAUAACUUGUCCGCUUUAGACAGCGUGCUCAGCUUCUCAAGGGACCGAGAUCGAGCGAGAGAAAUUCUUAUGAAUCGCUCCGCUAUGGGGCAACCGCCCCGACAGCCCGGACUUCCACCUCAACCUGGACCUCAACCUUUCCCAGGCACCGGAGGUUUCCCGGGCGCCGGAGGAUUCCCUGGGAUGCCACCUCAACCCGGAGGAUAUCCUGCACAAGCACCGUUUCCAGGAGCACCACCAUACGGUGCACCAAGCCCCUAUCCAGCACCAGGACCAUACGGGGGAUAUCCCGGAGCAGCUUCUCCGCAGUAUCCAAUGGGCACAGCUCCCCCUCCUUCUGGUGCUCCUUAUGGUGCCCCACCUCCAGGGGGCUACUAUCCACCCCCUGGGGGGUUUCCUCCACAGGGGUAUCCCUAUCAACCUAGAUAG